AUGAGGAAGGAUUUGCCAGGCAAAGGCAGCAUGAAGUUAUUCCAGCCAAAGGAAUAUGACGUGUUUCCUGUGCGGCUUGUGUUAGAACGUCUGAAGUUGUGCAAGCUUAUGAGAAGGGCUGCCUCAGGCAGGUGUCUACAUGAUGAGACACAGAAGUCGAGCCUUCUCGGGCCUUUCUCCCAACUUCCCCCAAACUUCUGUUCAUUCUCCCUCACCUUCCCUGGUCCCCAGGAUCCUCAACCCCUCCAAACCCAAACCUGCCAUGGUGGAGAUCCUGUAUCAGAGGGAGCUUGGAAUCCUGAAGGAGAUGAGGUAAGAGGGGAAUCCUGAGCCCUGGCAGCAAGGACAGAGGCUGGAGAGAGAAAGCUGAAGAUCCCUCUAAGGCAAGGACCCCUGCUUCUGAAUCCAAACCCUGCACAAUACUGUCAUGCUGUCUGGGGAGACCCACACACCCCAAACUACCACAGUUGCAGCCUCUUGAAACCAGGAUAUGAAGGAGAGACUUGCUUGGAGGUGAAGGUCCCUGAUGCCCAUCUCCAUGGUUAUGCCUUGUGAUCAGGGCAGGAACCCCACUGCUGACCUAUCCAGAAAGGGGGGCCAGGGAUCCAAAACACUGAUUUCCUGUAUGUGUGCGUUGCCCACACUUCCAAGUGCCACCAAGAGGGGAGGAUCAAAUCAAAUCCCUUUUCUUGGCUCUGCAUCUCAAUCUUAGAUGUCAUGGGAAAGAAAGGGAGCAUACAAGCUGUUUUCAUUAAAUUGUGCUUUAUUGGAGGAAUUCCCUGGUGA